CAGCUACUUUUCUUGGCUUAGCCAUAAUUUCUACAACAGAUAGCGUUUCCAGUUCCUCAAAUCUUCACCAAUCUCAGUUCUUCUUCUUCUUCCUCUUCUUUUUCUUCUGCUACUUUUCUUAAGAAAAUGGCCAAUAUUGGCAUUUUAGCAUUGUGUUUCAUAGUUGGUUUUUGCAACAUUUUAUUGAGUGCAAAUGCUUUCAGAGCUUCUGGAUUGAUGAGUGCUCAUGCUACUUUCUAUGGUGGAUCUGAUGCUUCUGGCACAAUGGGGGGUGCUUGUGGCUAUGGAAACUUGUACUCAACAGGAUAUGGUACAAACACUGCUGCAUUGAGUACUGCAUUGUUCAACGAUGGAGCAUCAUGUGGCCAAUGUUACAAAAUCAUGUGUGAUUACAAUCAAGACCCUAAAUGGUGCAUAAAGGGGACAUCUAUUACAAUUACAGCCACAAAUUUUUGCCCUCCAAACUUUGCACUUCCUAGCAACAAUGGUGGAUGGUGCAAUCCCCCAAGGCCCCAUUUUGACAUGGCUCAACCUGCUUGGGAACACAUUGGUAUUUACAGAGGUGGCAUUGUUCCAGUCCUCUACCAAAGGAUUCCAUGUGUGAAAAAAGGUGGAGUUAGAUUCACAAUCCAUGGAAGGAACUACUUUGAGCUAUUGAUGAUAAGCAAUGUAGGAGGGGCUGGAUCAGUACAAUCUGUGCAAAUUAAAGGCUCAAGAACAAACUGGAUGGCAAUGUCUAGAAACUGGGGGGCCAAUUGGCAAUCCAAUGCAUUUCUCAAUGGACAGUCCUUGUCUUUUAAGGUCACUACCUCUGAUGGUGUCACUAAAACAUUCUUAAAUGCUGUCCCAUCCAGCUGGCAAUUUGGGCAAACAUAUUCAACCUCUCUUAACUUCUAAUUAAAAAAGUUUGAAAAGUUCGAGUCCGGAAUUUAAAGUUUGUGAGUUUACACGUGUUGGGCUGCGGCGCGCUUACUGUUUUACUGAAAGCAGCCCGCCCCUUUCCCGUUUUAUUUGAUAUUCGAAAUAUACUGGCCCGAUUGUUGGUGGAAUCUUGAUUUUUGCAAAAGCGUAAAGCCCAUGAACUCUAGUCCAAAGCUGCUGAAAAACAUAAACAUGUUCAAUUAUUGUGUGUAUGUAGAGUAGUGUGAAAUUUGCAUUUUUAUUUUUGAUAUAUCAAAGGAUUGCAAUAAGACACUUUGUAUUUGAUGCAAAUGUUGUAGCUGCAUCAAGCAUAUUUUUUAAACAAUUCCAUUUUCUGUACGUUUGUUAUAUGUCAUUUUUCAUGUUAUACUUCUCAUAUUAUUAUCUUGUAUCAAAUGAACGUCUUUUUUUGUUGAUA